AUGGGAACCCAGAUCAGGAGAGAUCAGGAGAACGAAGAUCCGGAGACUUCCAUCCAACAAACAUCUGAAGAAGUUAUUGGAGAUGAAACAAGGAUCCUCUCAUCAAGACCAAGACUACUUAUAGUAAGAUCGAUGUUGGAUCUAACUGAAGAAAAGAACAAACAUUCCAACUGCGAGGACUCCUACAACAUUUAUGAUCGAAAAGAUGAUACGAAAACGACUAUGGAUGGAGUAAAGCUCUUGAUUAUGAUGCUUACGAGCCUCUCAAAUACUCCGGUGUCGGUGUUUAAAAACAAGACCGGCUUAGGGUUAUUUGUUUGGUUUUAG